GCAAAUUUUAAAACACAAAGAAAAAGCAUUAAAGCUGAAGAUGCAUCAGACCCAUUUUCUGAGGAUACGCUCAUACACCCAAAUGAUCAAUUACAACUAAGCGAAGAGGAAUUAAAAGAAGAAAUAACACGAGUACUAACGGCUGCUGAUCCGCAUGCUCCUGAUAAUAUUGUCCGAUUUGACUUUAAGGAAAAUCAAUAUAAACAACUUCCACGGGUUGAUCAAAUGGCCAUUCACUUUCAACUUGAUGGAAACUUAAUACAUGUGGGAUCGGGGGAGGCCAAAGUUCAAAUGGGCCUCCUUGAUUCAAUUUCUGUUAUUGAAGAUAGCAUAGAUGCGGUUGAAGAGGAGCUAGAGCGUUCUGCUGAACCAUCCGCCGUAAAGCUAUUCAAUCAGUUUAAUUUUUGUGAACAUGCAAGUCAAACCUACAACAAUGCUUUAAAAGAAUUUGGCAAUCAAACUGAACCACCAGCCCGAAGUAGUUUCUCGGGAAACAUUACUCAGUGGGGUGUCUACGAUUUUUACCAGUCAGAAAAGGUCAACAAGGUGGAUGUGCUCAUAGCUUUCCUUAAACCAAUAAAAACUGUCGAAAGAAUGAUUAAUCAGAACACAUUUGAUGAUGUUCUACAAGACUUUGCCUUCUAUGAAGAUAAUUCCGAUGAUUUUCGCGAUUCCAUGGGAACUUUAUUGCCCUUAUGGAAAUUUACCUACGAGAAAUCAAGAAAGAUGGUUGUAACUGCGCUCUGCUGGUCCCUCCGUUAUAACGACUUAUUUGCUGUUGGACUUGGUUCUCAUGACUUUUUGAAGCAAGGUGGUGGAAUGAUAUGCUUUUACUCACUUAAAAAUCCAGGAUAUCCUGAAUACACGUUCCGAACAGAAUCCGGAGUACUCUGUCUUGAUAUACAUCCCGAGUAUCAUUCCUUGAUUUGUGUUGGAUUUUAUGAUGGUUCAAUUGGUGUUUACAAGCUAACUCAGGAGAAGGUCGGGCCCCUUUACCUCAGCACUGCUUAUUCAAACAAAAAUACGGAUCCCGUUUGGCAGGUGCGCUGGCUCCCUCAUGAUGAGCAACCAAACUUGAUAUUCUAUUCCAUCAGCUCAGAUGGCCGUGUUUCCAGUUGGAGCAUUCUUAAGUCUGGUGUUGGCACGUUGCAUGAAUGUCCCGAUGACAUCGUGUGUUACGACAUCCUUCGUAUGCAUCUGCCAAAGGAAACAAAUGAUGAUCCUGGGUCUCUGCAAGUAUCCUCACACGAGAGUGGAACAGCACUAGAACUCCACAGAAAAGAUUCGCAAAUCUUCCUAGUUGCCACGGAGGAGGGGAUUAUUCAUAAAUGCAGCAGUACCUACGGCUCGGAGUAUUUGCUAACCCUGAAGGCGCAUAAUAUGGCCAUAUACCGACUGAAUUGGAACUACUUCCACAAUGAUAUCUUUAUCACAUGUUCGGCUGAUUGGACCGUCAAGAUAUGGCAUCAGUACAAAGAGGAUCCGUUGUUCGUUUUUGAUUUGGGGGCACCUGUUGGAGAUGUCGCAUGGGCACCUUACUCAUCAACGGUUUUUGCCGCUGUCACUUCCGACGGAAACGUCCACAUUUACGACCUAAACGUGAAUAAAUACGAGCCCCUCUGCCUCCAAAUGGUUGCUCAGAAGAAGCGUACUAAACUAACCCACGUGGCCUUCAAUCCCACUUAUCCUAUCAUCAUCUGUGGCGACGACAGGGGUCAAGUUAUAUCACUGAAGCUCUCUCCAAAUCUGAGGAAAAAGCCGAAGGAGAAGAAGGGUUUAGAAAAGCCCGACCCGAUAAAAGUAGAAAUUGAGAAGAUGGAGAAACUGAUAUCGCUUCUCACCUGA